AUCAUUCGUGAACAGUUACCAGAACAGUCAACAUGCAAUUGCUUAUCAUCGCUUCCAUCAUCAGCCUGUGCGCUGCUGGGGCAAUCCCAAACUACAACCUGCCCCAAUAUCGUCAAUACUACGCUGAGAGGCCCAGGGCUUCGUUGGAGCGCAAUGCAGCCAUUCUGAGAUCAGUUUCUGACGCCAAUGAGAACGGAUACCACUUCGCUUAUGAUACUGAGAAUGGCAUCCAAGCUGAAGAAACCGGCGUAGAAUCGAAUGGCAUCCAAGCGCAAGGCGGCUACUCAUACACCGGUGAUGAUGGCCAGGUCUACAGCAUCAGAUACACCGCUGAUGUGAACGGAUUCCAGCCACAGGGCGCUCACAUACCCACCCCCCCGCCGGUGCCAGAAGCCAUCGCUAAGGCACUGCAAGAGAACGCCAGAGACGAGGCUAAUGGCAUCUUUGAUGAUGGCAGCUACCACGAAGGCAAAUAUGACUCUGGAGUGUUCGCGGCCCGAACCUACACCCCCCAGAGAUACGUGACUCCAGUCUACCGACCAUACAGAUUCUAAACACCGUGCCAUAGCAAUAGUCAUGUAUUAAUAAAUGUAUGUUAUCAAUAAAGUCAUAUUUUUCCAGUA